AUCUCCCGCGCAUGUAAGCCGCCAUCUUGUCGUGUCGAGGAGGAGAAGAGAGAGACAAGACACAGCUUGCUUGCUUGCUUCAGAUAUGGCGGAUUACAGCAGCGUGGCUCCACCGUCCAGCGGCGGCGGCGGAAUGAAUGAGGCUUUUAAAGACGCUCUCCAGCGAGCACGACAGAUCGCAGCGAAAAUCGGCGGAGAUGGCGUUGCGCCCCCCCCGACGAGCGAGUUUGGCUACGGAGGCCAGAAAAGGCCCCUGGAGGACGCUGGUGGGUAUUUUCCCAUGCCUAACCUGAAUAUCGACCAACCCGAGACGAAGAAAGUGGCGACUAAUGAUGCUUUUUCUGCUAUGGGAGCAAUGGGAGGCCCCCCAAGAUCAAUAUCAGAGGAAUUCAAGGUUCCCGAUGGAAUGGUUGGAUUCAUUAUUGGAAGAGGCGGUGAACAAAUCUCACGUCUGCAGCAGGAGUCUGGCUGCAAAAUACAGAUUGCACCUGACAGUGGAGGUAUGCCCGAUCGAUCAGUGACAUUGACGGGAGGACCCGACGCAAUCCAGGUCGCGGGUGUGCUAGAGCCUAUCCCAGGUGACUCUGGGCAAGAGGCGAGGAUGGCAAAGAGGCUGCUCACGGAGAUCGUCGAGAAGGGACGGCCGUCCCCAGCGUUCCACCACAACGACGGCCCAGGCAUGACUGUUCAGGAGAUUAUGGUCCCUGCCUCGAAAGCUGGCCUCGUCAUUGGCAAGGGAGGAGAGACCAUCAAGAGCCUUCAGGAGAGAGCUGGAGUGAAGAUGGUCAUGAUUCAAGAUGGCCCCCAAAACACAGGUGCAGACAAACCUCUCCGCAUUUCGGGAGAACCCUUUAAAGUUCAGCAAGCCAAAGAGAUGGUGAUGGAGCUGAUCAGAGACCAGGGCUUCAGAGAGCAGAGGGGCGAGUACGGGUCCAGAAUUGGAAGUGGUGGCGAGAGCUUAGACGUUCCUGUUCCCCGGUUUGCAGUCGGAAUAGUCAUUGGCAGAAAUGGAGAGAUGAUCAAGAAGAUCCAGAGUGACACAGGGGUCAGGAUCCAGUUUAAACAAGAUGAUGGCAGUGCACCAGACAGGAUAGCACAGAUAAUGGGUCCUCCUGACCAGGCUCAGCACGCAGCAGAGAUAAUUUCGGACCUGCUGAGGAGCGUCCAGGCCGGCGGGCCUCCGGGCCACGGUGGAGGUGGUGGUGGGGGCGGCAGAGGCAGAGGACGCGGGCAGGGCAAUUGGAACAUGGGGCCCCCUGGUGGCCUCCAGGAGUUCACCUUCACCGUCCCAACCAUGAAGACAGGCCUCAUCAUUGGAAAAGGUGGUGAGACCAUCAAAGGGAUCAGCCAACAGUCGGGGGCCAGGAUUGAGUUGCAGAGGAAUCCUCCUCCCAACUCUGACCCCAAUGUCAAGAUGUUCACGGUCAGGGGCUCGCCUCAGCAGAUCGACUAUGCCAGGCAGCUGGUAGAGGAGAAGAUUGGAGGACCUGUCACUCCAAUGGGUGGACCACAUGGCCCCCCUGGUCCACAUGGAGGUCCGGGCCCACAUGGUCCUCCUGGCCCACCAGGACCACCUGGUGCUCCCAUGGGUCCGUACAACCCCGGGCCUUACAACCAGGGACCCCCAGGACCACAUGGUCCCCCAGCACCUUACCAGCCUCAGGGGUGGGGCAACGGCUAUCCGCACUGGCAGCAGGGCCAGCCUGAUCCAAGUUCAGACAAAGCAGCAGCUGACGCUAACGCCGCAGCGUGGGCGGCCUACUAUGCCCAAUACGGCCAGCAACCUCAGGCUCCCAUGACGCCCACGGGUGCAGCGCCGGGCACCACUCAGUCCAACGGUCAAGGUGACCCACAGGCUGCAGGUCAGAGUGGACAGGCAGAUUACACCAAGGCCUGGGAGGAUUAUUACAAGAAAAUGGGGCAACAGAGUCAACAACCUCAGGACUACACCAAAGCCUGGGAGGAGUAUUAUAAGAAGCAAGGUCAAGCGGCCCCUCAGGCAGCAGCACCGGCGGCCGCUGCGGCCCCCACCACUCAACCCGGCGGCCAGCCGGACUACAGUGCUGCUUGGGCUGAGUACUACCGGCAGCAGGCGGCUUACUAUGGCACGGGCAACCCUCAGACCAUGGGAGCGGCACCACAAGCCCCUCAGUGUUCUCCCCCAACCCCCCCAGACCUUGCACCUUAGGUUCUGCUGCAGUAAUCCAGGUAAGCAAAGCCUAAGGAAACGAUAGUGAAAUACAGUGGAACCUCCAAAGAAGAACUAUAUCCAGAAUUGAAUGGAAAAAUAUGAAUUAGUGUGAUGUUGUGAAACAUCUGUGAGGAUAAAUGCCACAACUGUGCUUUUGCCUUCUGGGUAGGGGGACAAGAAGGGUAGGGUCCCUGUGAUCUUAGCCAUAGAACAGGAAAUGGAACGGCGAUGUCUGAAAAGAUCUGGCUACGGAGUACAAUGGUACGAAAGUGGCAACAAGUGUUCCUAUUUUUCCCAUAUCGCUAGUUUUACCACAGUUUUAUUAUACAGUUAUAAACUUCUCUUUACACACGUCAGUUGAGGACCCCUGCCCCAAUGUUGUGGGUGUAAUACACCCAUUUGAAAGUUGAAUACAAGUUGUUUAGUACUUUUUCCUGUUAUCAACGCAUACAUUGAAAAUGAGUAGUAAUCGACAAUGGGAUGAGUAUUUUUGACACUUGUGGCUAAUUAAACGUGGCCUCAGGUCAGAUUGGCACAGGAACAUGACUCGUGAGAAAGGAACGUGACAGGUUGGUUAAAACUGUCUUCAUGACAACAAUUUGAUGCCAGAACCUAUUCAAAUGAUAAAUGCAUCCCUCUGGUUUGGAAAACAACUUUGACGUGAACCUACGCCACUUAAUUCCGCUUUGGAGGUUCCACUGUCUUGUUUUUCCGAUUUGACCAGGUUUCCAUCCAUGCAAAGAAAUGCUCACCCUGUAAAUGAAAUCAUGCUGAACUGAAAAGUGACACACAUGACUUGUACGACUUUGUGGACUUGACUCAAAAGUACAAACUGGUUGGUUAUGAGGAAGUGCUGUGUAUGUGUGCAUAAUUAUGACACAGACCUUUUAAAUUGUUCGUUUUUGAAUUGUCGUGCAUGUCCUGUAAAGCUGCAGCAGAAGGACAGGGCCAUGAUUUUUUUUGUUUUGUUUUGAAAAAGAAAAUGCGUGAUGUUGACAAAUGUACUCUGGUGGUGUUUAUUCUGCUGUAAAGCACAGUGCUGACGUACUCAUUGAAACACCUUCACUUCUCGCUCACAGUGUUGGAGGACGCUGCAAGCUUAGGCGCUAGAAUCAGAGCCUGUGGUAGUUUCUGCCGAGCGUAGGCCGGGCAAGAGCUCCAGUGCUUAAGGUAAAAAACAAAACAAAAAAACAGAUCAUUAAACAAGUAAUGCAAUUUUUUGUGACUGCAAAAAGUGCAAGUUAGGCAUGUUUUCUGCUCGAGUUGACUGUUUUAACGCUGCCAUAGUGAUUUGAGUCGUUUGAUGGUUGUCAUUUAUAUUUCUAGUCGUCAUGGUUGUUGCAAUGAAUGGUUUAGAAAGUUGGAUGAGGACAGGAACUGAACUUUGAACAUGAUGUGUUGUGUCAUUAAAAUGUCCCACUCAGGCUCUGCGGGUUGGGGGGAGGGUUAUUUAGCAGGAGGAAGCCUUCUAGAGGUAAACAUGCUGUAUUAUAUGCUCACUCCUACUGUCAUGUUCAUUAUUAAUAAAGGUGUCACAAAUGAA